GCGUAGCAACGGCAAACGCGGUCAUGUCUAGCGGUUCAAGCAGUCGGUUGUCUCAGUAUAGCAAGCUACCACCAAUCGGAGGAACGACAGAAGAGCCUUGUCAAUCUCUGCAAGACGUGGAACAAGCCGUUGAUUGCGCUCGGGAAGACGCCAAAACACUUUUGGAAUAUCUAACCGAGCAGACGACACUUGUGCAGAACAGGAUUGAAGAGCGACUGAAAGUAACGCUAACAAAGACUACAACAUUUCUAUCUGAUCAGAUUCAGUCAAACGAACGUUCUCACUCGCAAGAGGUGAUGCAAUAUCAAGCACAAGUAAAGGAGAUGAUUGCUGCAAAGGAAGAUCUGAUCAAACGUGAAAAGGCGUUAGUUGGGCAACAGACAAGACUAAGCAUCGAAUUGGCUGCAGCCAUUCAAGGAAGAAAACAAGCAGAGCAAAAAGUUGAAACACAACGACUGGAGCACGAAGAACAACUGAAACGGCAGAAAUCGCAAAGGGAAAUGGAGGGAGCAUUGCAGAAGACAGCAAUAGAGAAAGAGCUACAGACUGUGCAGCAGUUAAAGGACGAAGUACACAGGUACUCUGAAGAAAUGAGAAGACUGAGAGAAAAGUUGAAGACCGAACAGAGCGAAAAGAUACGAAUCGAGAACAAAAAGUCAGACGAUGAAGGAAAACUGUCCUCUGCGAAUAAGAAGCUCACCUUGGAAGUGUCUACACUAAAGGCACAGCUUCAGUCGGCAAAUAACUCUCUAACAACAGUACACAAACAAAAUGAUCAGUUGGAAAAGAAAAUGUCACAGAUGGAGAAAGAUCAUACUUUUGCAACUAAAACCGCAGCUGCACAUCAUUCUGCAACCGUGAAAUCUUUGGAAGAGAAGAUUUCUCAACUGCAAGGAGAAAUCAUCCAGAUGCAAAUAAAAUACCAAGAACAAAUAGACAAUUUGCUCCGACAAUUGCACGACGCUCAAUCGAGAGUUGACAACCUAUCUGGAUUUAAUGAGGCAAUUGCCUUGGAAGAUGCAAGAAUUAGAAAAUUACGUCUCCAGAAUCAAGAGGAAAAGAGGCUUCUAGAGAAAGAACGGCAAUGCGUACCAAAGAAAACUGUAAAACUUGUGACAUGAAUUGGGGAUUUAAUUGGCUACCGGAAAAUAUAUGUUAUCAUUACAGUA